GGAAGAGGUCACUGCUUCAGAAAGCUCUGCGAUCGCUACCGAUCACAGAUCACGUCCUCGGGCGCGCGCAUUCUCUGAACACAAGCCAACGCCAGGCAUCAGAGGAACUACGGAAAGAGGAAAGGUACAAGAUCAUUCACACCUCCUGCCUGAUCUGGAGCCUUUUCUCUUCCCAUCUGUUCUUCUGUUGUUGAUGUUCAGUGACUGAAUGCGCGCUCCCGAGGACUCGAUUAGGGAAGGUGAGCGCGCUGUGAGGAGGAACUGAAACCGAUGCGACGCCUGAGCGCAGCGGAGCGAACACGAAGGAGAUAUCUGCUGAAGUUAGCUUGCUAACCUGCUAGCCUUGGCCCUUCCUGUCUUGUAAUACCUCAAGAGGUGCUAGUGAGUCGCGUUGCGUCGAGUCAGCCAGACGAGAGUUAGCAUUGGUACUGCUUUCCACCACUGGAGAUCUCGAGAGCUGCAGUCAUGGAGCCUGAAACUCUAGGAACGGUGUUGAUAAUGGCAGUCAUAACACUGAGUGUGGCUGUUGUGGUGAACAUGCUGAUGCUGAAGCAGAGGCGUGUUUCGCAAGAGCAGGAAAAUGAAAACAGUCACCUGAAUCGCACUGAACUAAGCAUCGGCAAAGGCACCCUUUUUAUUGUGGUGGCUGUGUUGUUUGGUGUACUGUAUGUGGUCUCAGGGGUGCUGUCUGGGGCCUCAGUAAGUCAGGCUGACAUUUCUCCGGGAGACUUCAUCACCCUUACCUGUCAAGGAGGUGACGACGUGCAUUGGCAGAGCAGAGGCCGAAUCAGCUACAACACCUACAGGGACAGGACUGAGUGCACCGCUGAGGCCACCAGCCGUGAAGACUUCCUCCUGACCGUCUCACAGACACUGCACAGAGUUUAUCAGUACCUGGUCAAGGAGGAGCCGAAGGUUACACUGGGAGAAGUUGAGCUCACAGUUCAAGUAAUGCAGGCACGGGCACGUACCAUUAGUGUGGAUUGGUGGGACUCGUCUGUGAUUGUGCAGUGGAAGAGAUGGGCUCGAGAAGUGCUGAAGCUGGGAAAAGAUCCUCGUGAUGUGCGCCUUCAGUUUACAGGCAGAGCAUCACUCACCAAUGACAGAAUGGUGGAGGAUAACAUCUCUCUUGUCCUGAAGGACACUCACCAUGUAGACCAGGGCCUUUACCUGUGCUUCUUCAUGAAGGACAAAGAUAUCAGACUUGCCACAGAAAUUAAUGUCACUGGGAAAGAACCCCAUUCUCCCAGUACUGUGUUUGUUAAAGCGGGUGAGGAGGUGGAUCUGCUGUGUUUUGGCCGUGUGGACUGGUUUGGUACAGAAGCUGAGUUUGUGCAGUGGAAAAUGAAGGAUCAGAUGGUUCUGCAGUGGGAAAAAGGUUCUCAGAUUGUGGGUUCUCAGUUUACAGGUAGAGUGUUGCUGCCCAAAGAGAAAAUCUACCAAAAUAACAUCUGUCUCGUGUUGAAGAACAUAAGCCAUGCUGACCAGGGCAGUUACGAGUGCUUAUUUGUGAAGGACCAAAUCAUCAGACUGGGCACACAGAUUAACCUCACUGUGACAGAUCACAUGACACGGUUGGAGGCGGGGUUUGGUUCCUCUGUGCUCCUCCCCCUCCACACUGUAUCUCCAGUGAUUGUGAGCUUCCUGCCUGAUGGAGGGAACGGUUCUGUACGAGUGUGUGAGGUGGAGAAAGAGCAGAUGGAGUGCGGAGCAGCUUAUUCACACCGUACAGAUCUACAGCAGCACUCCCUGGAGCUGAGGAAGCUCUCCAUGGAGGAUUCUGGAACGUUCUCAGUGAUGGAGAGAGAAACACGGCGCACUGUCAGUGUUCUCUUCAUACACGUGUUCCCUCCAUCUACAGAUACAGGUGUGUCCAGGGAUGCAGCAACAGCACUGAUAGUAAUAAUUAUACUGUUUGUGCUGAUUUUUGUGGCCACUGUGGUGAUGGUAAUGAGGCGGUGGAGACAGAUGGAACAGGAACAGCAAGAUGAAGUCCAUCACCUGAACAGAGAUAGCAGAGAUGUGCAGCAAACACAUUAUGAUCAGUGAUACUUUGUGAGUGUGUUUUCUCACUAAAUGACUGUUUUUAUUUCAUGUUCUGUGAAAUCGUGCUGGUAAUUGACUAAACUCGAACUCUGCACAUGCCAGUCAAAGUUCCUGAAAAAAGCUCUAUCAGCAUAAUUAACUGUUUAAGAUGUAAACAGAGUCAUUCAGAGUGGUUUGGUGUGAAACGUUCGUUCUAGAGAAACUAACGAGUCAGAAUUGUUUAUAGUG